AUGACACGGCAAGACCUCAUGUUCUACCAUAUGGAUCAGGGCCAUGCCUCAUUACUGUCUUCUAAGGACAAGGAAACUCGACAAUUACCCGACCAUCUCGGCAGCAAUCUCCCAUCAGACUUAUCCAAGUGGAUAAAGGAGACCUUUGGCCCUGCCUAUACCUGCCUUCAGAUUGCCCAGAGUCUGCAAACUCGAGAAUGGCGGUCGAACUUCACAGACGAUGAGAAAAAGAAGAUUCUGUACUUCUGGCAGGGACAAGGUCCAAAAUGCCUUGCUAGAAGUAGAGAGAACGCGACUCUUAAUCGUCUGUGCCUCCUAGAAGCCUUGAAACAACUCUUUCCAGUCCUGCGAAAGUUCAUCAAUGACGGCGGGGAGAAGUGGGCACAAGCAUACUUAGAUCAGCUCCUUAAUGUCAAGAUGGAUGAUAUCGUGGAGGACAUGGAAGGUAAUCCACGAAUCCUAGACAGGUAUACGACGAUCUUGUGGGUGCUAUAUCCGGAAGGAAACUAUCAUGAGCGUUUCCGAGAUGCUAUAUACAACAAGUUCCUCGGUUUCGCCAUGACCCAGCGGGUUAACAAGAACGCAGUGAUGGAAUGGCUGCCACACAUCACCAAGACCUUCAUCGACGCAAUCCUGAACGAGAAUUACGAGGUAAUCGAUAAAGAUUUGAGAGAUCUGUUGAGAAAGGAGCUGGAUACCUUCAUGGCUGCCCAUCGAGACAUUUUUGAAAAGAACGGGAAAGAAUUUGCAGCCAAGAACUACGCUGACAUGGUUCACAUCCUCGUUUCCGGAGAUUUGGCAGCAAAAUCAGUCAUGAUUAUCGGAGUGGGCUCAUGGAAGCGUGCGAGGUUUGGAAACUGGGACCACAUGAAGGGGCAGAGCCUCUUGGAGGUAAACUUAAAGUCUGGAUGGAAAGGCCUCGGGCUAGCUUUCAAGAUGAGCUUACUCGGAUUCAGCAUCUAUAACAUUGUCAUGGGAGGAAAAGACAUGAGCGCGGCGCAGAUAGGACGAGUCACGACGGACGUAACAAAGGGUGUCUUCGAUAUCCUCACACCAUUCCUCCUGCGACCAGAAGCUAGGAAUGCAAGGGAGCUCGUGGCCCAGUGCCAGGUGAUAAACCAGUCAACUGGCAGAAAGCUGCCCGCCUAUGCCCUUGGAAAGACCAACGCUACAGAGCUUAAGUUCGACGUUUAUGAUGCUAAUCUCGAGGAUCUGGCCAAAGUAGGAAAUGAGAAAGCAGCAAGAGAGACAACGUGGUUUGGAAGAAUGAGAAGAAGGCUCUCACUUUCAUCAAAAGUCAUACGCUGGCUUGGCAUUGCUAUAGGAGUAGUAGUUGUCGCGUUCAUGAUAUGGGAUCUUUGCAACCAAUGGGAUCAUCUCUCGGGCACUGGCAGAGGUUUAGCGAUUGCACAGAUCGCUAUUGAGACGGCUGCCGUUAUCAUUGGAAUUAUUGGCUUGUUCUCUACUUGUGCCUUGAUCCCUGUCAUUGGACAAGUGCUCAUGGUGGUUGGCCUUGUUAUCUCGAUUUUCUACUUGGUGUACGGAAGACCGGAACCAGAGAAGACGCCCGGGGAGAAGUUCGUCGACAGUAUGAGAGGAGACAGUGGCUGGCUCAAGAAGAUCGAUGAUCCUCCUUCGACUACUCUCGAGUAUACCAUCACACCAACCGAGAUACCGAAGGACGCAGAUUUCUCGUUCAAAAUCACCGGCAAGAACACCAAGAGUUCGGGUGUUGAGUUCAUCUCUACACCUAAUGCCGAGAAACCCCCAUCCGACACUGAAAUUCUCUCUAUCAAGUUUGGCUUUACGACGGGGUCUGACACCGUCUGCCUGUUCAGUAACGAGUCUUUCAGCACCGCUCCGGAUGCCAAAGACGGAAAAUGCUCCUAUAGUGGUCCAGGUGAUAUUUUCCAAACGAAGCUACACGAGCCGAAUGGUAAGGUUGGUGGGGUGACCUCUUACGAGUACGAGUUGCAACCACUGCCACAAAAAGAUCCGACUUUAACUUCCAAGCGUAUCUUGCCUAGUGGAGAUUCAUUUUCUAUCACUGUUUCCGGGAAGACAAGGACAUCAGACAAGGAGUUUACCUUGAAACUCGUGGAAGAGCGCCCGGGCCCUAUUUGUGCUAUCAAGGUCCAAACAUUCACGAGGAAGAAGUAG